CCGAUAUUUUUGUUGAUCGUGUUCGUCCUAUCUAUCGUGAUAUUUAUAUGUACACACAUAUCCAAUGUUUUUGCAUGUUCUGUAAGUUCUGUAAGAAGUGAUUGAUUCAAGCAGCACAAUGUUGGAAAAACAAUAUUCAGUUCAGUUUUUCACAUCCCUAGUGGAAUCGAUGCAGAAGGUGUGUCGAGAAUACCUGCAGUUUGAACAAGCCGUGGAGCUGAGUGGGUACCUGUCUCUGGAGAUCGACAACACAAAGCGUGAGAGGUACGUUGUCAGUGAACUGCUGCACAACACGGGCAAUGUGAUCAGUGAGAGCUACUGCACCAAGGCCUUCAAGACUGUGCCACACCACGCCAAAAACCACGACAGUGAUCGCGACGUGUUGCGUGAGUUAAACAACAGACAGCGUGACCAGUCUCACGUGUUGACCGUCGGAGCCGAUUCGGGUGGAUGUUCGAAACAGUUUGUUGAUCGUUCUGCGGCAGGUUUCUCCUCCUUCGUGAAUGAGAAUCCUGUGCGAAAGAAUAACUCAUUUCCUCGGACGGACAUUUCUCAGCAGGAGGAGAUUUCGUAUACGACAGACGACUGGCAGUCGACGUGUGUACAGUAUCAGAGUGGUUCAGUAGAGACAGGCAGUGCAACAUGCGUGUUCCCUGGGUCACCUUCAGUGAAUGGCAGCUGUAACAGAAUGGAGCUGACAUCAGGGAAAAGACGUACUGCGCACACAGCAUCUACGUCAGAACCAAAAAAGGGUAAACCAUCAUCAAGCAGGGAGCUCUCUGAACGUCUGUCAUCAUCUUCUGUGUUGAGUAACAUUCAACAGAGCAGUGACCAGUCUGUGUCUCCAUAUUCCACAACCAGUGAUUCGCAGUCUUCAGUAACCAACACGUGUAAUAUCAACUCUCAGUCUUCAGUAACCAACACGUGUAAUAUCGGAUCACAGUCUUUGUUACCCAACCCGUAUAAUAUCAAAACAGAGGACGACUCGUCCUUGCAGUUUGUUCAGAUAGAUGAAGCAGAAGACAGCAGUGGUUUACUAGAUGGUAGACUUGGUAGUGAUCGCUUCAGAUCAAUGUCCGAGAACGAUCAGAAAUCGGAUGAAGCGCUGCAUAGCAUUCAAGGGAAUCACAGUCUUUGGCAAGAAGGAGAUGAGCCAAACCGACAAGUGGAAUUGUUCAAGUGCAGUACUUGUCGACAAAGGUUUCAAUCACACAUCCACUUACGGCUGCAUGUGUGCUCCAAUCUAAACCAGAGCCGUAUUAAGUGUCCGAUAUGCGAGCGGAUGUUUUCUAGCAAACAGUGCAUGGAGCGCCACUCGAACACUCACCGAGCGGACAAGCCGUUCUCCUGUGAGCUUUGUGGCACCAGGUUCAGCUCGAAGACGGCUCAGAACCGCCACAUCAAGUUACAGCACCGGAAGGAAUACAGCUUCUACUGCGCAGACUGUGGGCAAGGGUUCCCUGGGCAGCUCCGGCUAGACAGACACAUGGCCACUGAACACAGCCUGGACAGAUCUUCAUUGGGGGAGAGCCACUGAGAGGAUAGACACAUGGCAGCUGGACAGAUCUUCAUUGGGGGAGAGCCACUGAGAGGAUAGACACAUGGCAGCUGGACAGAUCUUCAUCGGGGGAGAGCCACUGAGAGGAUAGACACAUGGCGACUGGACAGAUCUUCAUCGGGGGAGAGCCACUGAGAGGAUAGACACAUGGCGACUGGACAGACCUUCAUCGGGGGAGAGCCACUGAGAGGAUAGACACAUGGCGACUGGACAGACCUUCAUCGGGGGAGAGCCACUGAGAGGAUAGACACAUGGCGACUGGACAGACCUUCAUCAGGGGAGAGCCACUGAGAGGAUAGACACAUGGCAACUGGACAGAUCUUCAUCGGGGAGAGCCACUGAGAGGAUAGACACAUGGCGACUGGACAGACCUUCAUCGGGGGAGAGCCACUGAGAGGAUAGACACAUGGCGACUGGACAGAUCUUCAUCGGGGAGAGCCACUGAGAGGAUAGACACAUGGAGACUGGACAGACCUUCAUCGGGGGAGCGCCACUGAGAGGAUAGACACAUGGAGACUGGACAGAUCUUCAUCGGGGAGAGCCACUGAGAGGAUAGACACAUGGCGACUGGACAGAUCUUCAUCGGGGGAGAGCCACUGAGAGGAUAGACACAUGGCGACUGGACAGAUCUUCAUCGGGGAAGAGCCACUGAGAGGAUAGACACAUGGCGACUGGACAGAUCUUCAUCGGGGGAGAGCCACUGAGAGGAUAGACACAUGGCGACUGGACAGAUCUUCAUCGGGGGAGAGCCACUGACAGGAUAGACACAUGGCGACUGGACAGAUCUUCAUCGGGGGAGAGCCACUGAGAGGAUAGACACAUGGCGACUGGACAGAUCUUCAUCGGGGGAUAGCCACUGAGAGGAUAGACACAUGGCGACUGGACAGAUCUUCAUCGGGGGAUAGCCACUGAGAGGAUAGACACAUGGCGACUGGACAGAUCUUCAUCGGGGGAGAGCCACUGACAGGAUAGACACAUGGCGACUGGACAGAUCUUCAUCGGGGGAGAGCCACUGACAGGAUAGACACAUGGCGACUGGACAGAUCUUCAUCGGGGGAGAGCCACUGAGAGGAUAGACACAUGGCGACUGGACAGAUCUUCAUCGGGGGAGAGCCACUGAGAGGAUAGACACAUGGCGACUGGACAGAUCUUCAUCGGGGGAUAGCCACUGAGAGGAUAGACACAUGGCGACUGGACAGAUCUUCAUCGGGGGAGAGCCACUGACAGGAUAGACACAUGGCGACUGGACAGAUCUUCAUCGGGGGAGAGCCACUGACAGGAUAGACACAUGGCGACUGGACAGAUCUUCAUCGGGGGAGAGCCACUGACAGGAUAGACACAUGGCGACUGGACAGAUCUUCAUCGGGGGAGAGCCACUGACAGGAUAGACACAUGGCAACUGGACAGAUCUUCAUCGGGGAGAGCCACUGAGAGGAUAGACACAUGGCGACUGGACAGAUCUUCAUCGGGGGAAAGCCACUGAGAGGAUAGACACAUGGCAACUGGACAGAUCUUCAUCGGGGGAGAGCCACUGAGAGGAUAGACACAUGGCGACUGGACAGAUCUUCAUCGGGGGAAAGCCACUGAGAGGAUAGACACAUGGCGACUGGACAGAUCUUCAUCAGGGGAGAGCCACUGAGAGGAUAACCAUAAGUUCUGUUAUUAAAACAGAUAUAUAUGUGACAGACCUCACCAUUUAUGGGGAGUUAUCACUCUUGCUCCCCUAUCACUCCCCUGAGAUUAGUUCAAGGAGAGUCACUUUAGCUCUUCUCAGCAAGUGAAUUUAUAUGUUAUUAAUAUGGUCAUAUAUUAAGUGGCUUCCCAUAGUCCAAGUUAGGGGAACAAUUAAUUAUACUUUCUUUCACGUGGAGGUCUGAUGUGAAGGACACAGUUAACACAAUGUAUCUUUUUGCAUUGCCUGUUCACAAAUGCCAUGUAUAAAUAUUUCUUAUGGAAAAAACAACAAAACUAUAAGAUGUGUCUUCCAUGACACUAACUGUUUAAUAUCAUGAACAGUUCUGUUCUAUGAAAUUCUGACCGUUGACAUUCUGUCCAGCAAAAUCUGACCUUUUGAAGAGUAUUUGUAUGAAAUGUGACCUUUUGAAGACUUGUUCUAUGAAACUUGACCACAUGAAGAGUUCAUCUCAUCAGCAUUUAAAUAUCAUUCAGUUGUUUGAACUACAUGUUUGGCUUUUGGUGACAUUUGGUCCAAUGGUCGGAAUUAUAGAUAAUCAGAGGUCAUUUUAUUCUACUCUUACUGUGCACAUCACAUGACCUAUGUUGUAAUACAACUUGUAUCACACACACAUUUUAUCUUAGAUGGUUCAAGAUGUCUUUUUUCAGUAGAAAAUUUGUUGUGUAAAUAUUAGUCAAUAUUAUUUUACUGUUAUAUGAAUUUAUCUUAUAUUGUAGAGAUAAGCAAGUUAGUUAACUUCGGUUCAGUUUGUGAAGUUCUGUAAUGAAGAAAAAAAGAGAGUAAAGUUUGUUUUAUUUAACGACGCCACUAGGGCACAUUAA